AUGGCCACGAGUAGAGGAGACCUUCAAUCCAGGUGUCUUUCUUUACUUGAAGAGGUCAAAGACCUCAUUGAGAAACAUAACAGCGAGCAAAGUGGCUCAGAGAACUCUAGCAAAAUAGCACAGAGUAAGACGUCCAUUGUCGUCCUUGCCACAGACACAGGCGGAUAACCAACAUUUCGUACCCUUUUGGCACCAUAUUCUGCCCGCAGUUUCUCCUUUAGGUCCCCUCCAAUGAAAAAGUCACAGGGCUACUUUCAAGUGAAAGAAAUGUGGACACAUGACUUUUUUUGUCUUGCUACGUCUGAAAUUGCAGAUAGCAUUCCGUGACAUCCCCAGAAAAUGGCUUUACAAAACGACGGGCUGCGGCGAAGAUUUUUCCAAGCAAAGGAUCUUUUGUCAAUGUAAAGGAAAAACUGGAGAGUGUUUACUCAAAAUUAAAAGAUGGUAGCAGUUUUGAAUUGCUAAGAUCAAACCUUGCUCUAAUCAAUACUCUGGCAGGAGGAUACUCAGUGGCUUUCCUAAGGGAUGCUGUGGCCAGGCACCGGCCUAUAUCAGGUCACUCCAAAUGGACCUGGACACGUCAGUGGUUGAAAGCGCUGAGCAGCCUGAGCAGUUACGUGUUUCGAACUGCAGCAACUAAUAAGAUCAGCUGA